CGAUGGACAGAAAAGAGUAGCAGAAAAGAGAACAAGUCACAAAACAUGAGCUGAAAUGCUCAUCCCGUUUUUCAGCAGGCAGCUGCAGAAAAAUUCCGUUUCCCGGAGAUUGAACCGUUGGAUCGUCGUGAUUUUUGGACAGCAGCGUCACAGCAUCUGGGACAACAUUCUGGACGGUGGAGAUCGGGUUUUGAGGUCCGGAGGUCGGGUUUCGUUGGUCUGGACAGUAGCUAUUUUUCUGGUGAUAUAUUUCUUAUCUUGGCUCUAUUUUGAUUCCAUACACCUUGAUGUGCUUACUUCCAAGGAUAUGAUGACUUUGUAUGCCUCUAGUAUUAUCUAGAGAAGACUUUGUACUGCUCCUUUGAUGAUAGUGGAUUUAAGCGGCCAAAAUGGUCCCGUGGUUUUUCCCUAGUUAACGGGUUUUCCACGCUAAAAUUCCGGUGUUUUUGUGUGGUUUGUGCUUAUUGUUUUAGUUGAUUAUAUUGGUGUGUGGCAGCAAUAUUGUGUGUGUUCUAAUUUCAUUAAGAACACCCUAUUUGUUUGCAUCCUCAAAGGUUCAUUCAAGUUGGGGAAAUUUUAGCCAAACGGAGAUUAAUUCCGCAUUUUAUUAGUUACCGUUUGGGGCUAUUUUUCCCAUCAAAUUGGUAUCAGAGCCGAGUUCUUCUGUAUCGAGUUAAACUUGUUUGAAUGAUGGAAGCAAACACAAGUAGGAUGAUCAAUUUGAAUGGUUCUAAUAAUCAUGUUUGGAAAGGCAAAAUGGAAGACCUACUUUAUGUGAAGGAUUAUUAUUUGCCUGUGUUUACUACUGAUAAACCUGAGAGUAAAACAGAUGCAGAAUGGAAUAUUUUGCAUAGACAGGUUUGUGGGUAUAUUCGCCAAUGGGUUGAUGAUAAUGUUUUGAACCAUAUUAGCGGGGAAACUCAUGCUCGCAGUUUGUGGAACAAGCUUGAACAGUUGUAUGCUCGAAAGACCGGGAAUCAUAAAUCAACUUGCAGGAAUGGGUAUCAAGUUUGAAGAUGAGAUACAAGGCUUGUGGCUCCUUGGCACUUUACCGGACUCAUGGGAGACUUUUAGGACAUCAUUGUCCAACUCAGCACCAGAUGGUAUUAUCACCAUGGAAUUAGCUAAAGGCAAUGUUUUAAAUGAAGAGAUGAGAAGAAAGUCACAAGGUUUCUCUUCACAUUCUGAUGUCUUAGUUACAGAAAGCAGGGGGAGAAGUCAGAGUAGAGGUCCAGGUAACAAAGGGAGGCAUCGAAGUAAAUCCAAAGGAAAAUUUGCUGAUUUUGAGUGCUAUCAUUGUGGUAGAAAAGGCCACACAAUACGGUUCUGCAGGCAAUUGAAAAAGGAGAAGAAGAAGAGCGAAUACAACAAUCAAAAGAACCGUAAGAAAGAUGAGGGUGGUAAUGGCAAUGCUGAAGUUAACACUACUACCGAUGAGUUCCUUAUUUGUUCUGAUCUUGAUAUGGUCAACAUUGCACAUGAUGAUUCCAGUUGGAUUGUUGAUAGUGGUGUCACUUGUCAUGUAACAUCACAGAGGGAUUUUUAUUCAUCUUACACUCCAGGUAACUUUGGUAAUGUUAGGAUGGGUAAUAAUGGACUAUCAAAAAUUGCAGGCAUCGGAGAUAUUUGUUUGAAGUUUGAUACUGGGAUAGAGUUGGUUUUACAUAAUGCAAAACAUGUUCCAGAUAUGAGACUUAAUUUGAUCUCCGCAGGCUUACUUGAUGAUGAUGGUUACACCAACAACUUUGGUAAUGGAAUAUGGAAACUCACUCGUGGUUCUUUGAUCGUGGCUAGAGGUAAAAGAUGCUCAAAGUUGUACAUGACACAUCCGAAGAUCUUCAAGGAUAGGGUCAAUGCUGUGGUGAAUACUAACAUGACUGAUUUAUGGCAUAAGAGACUUGGUCACAUGAGUGAAAAGGGGAUGACUGAUUUAUGGCAUAAGAGACUUGGUCACACUGAUUUAUGACUGAUUCAUAGAAACAUAGAUAAACCAGCAGAAGAAGCAACAAUUCAAUAAAAAGUAAAGCUAUGGAGGCGACAAAAGAACAAGUUCAUUUGCUUGGCAAUCUCUAAGGUCAUAGUCAUAUUCUGCAGCCUCCCUAGCUCCUCCAGUUUCAUCCUUGGUUCGAGCAAUGAUUAUCACGAAAACCAUUGCACCUGAAAGUCCGGAGGCCAGGAAGCACGAGAGCAAAGUCUCAGGCAUGGAAGGACUCAAGCCAUAACAACACCAAGCACCCAAACCCAGCGGGACAGCGCAUAGUAUACCCAAUGUCGUACUCAGAAAAUACAUAUUCUUCGCCAUCUUCUCAAUAACCUCUCGAGUCUCACUGACCAGCGUGGAAUCAUCUCGGUCGAAGGUGGGCCCAUUGAUCUCCGGGUGCUUGGACUCAUCGCCGGUUUGACUUUUUUCACUGCCGCCGCUUGGCUGCUCUGAAGAGCUUGAGAACACGACCCUUUGGCUGUUCGUUGAGAUCAGAGCAUUUGGCUUGCAGAAGAAACAUGUCGCUCGGGUUUCGGCGAGGUAGGGUUAGGGAAUGAGAGCUAAAUUGGGCACCAAAUCUGGGAAGCGUAUACAGUACAACCGGCUGUACGGUGUCAUCCGUACAGCCGGUGGCAUUUUUGCAUUUUUGAUGAAAAACACGGCUUCUUUUGAAUGAACAUUAACGCAAUUUUGUUGAGCACCAAGUCUGUUCUUUUGAGUAUUAGGAGCCUAACGGUGAGCAUCAGUGAUGUCUGCUUCAUACCUUAUACAUCACUUUCUGUUUAUUAUUUUUCGUUUAUUAAAAAGUCUUAAGUUAUGUCUAUAAUCAAUUUCAAUUACUUUUAAUAUGUGAAUCUAAU